GUGACGCGCUUCGACAGACAGUGGACAUCACAAUGGAACGUCAAUUAAAAGUGGUCACAGUUGGACAUGUACGAUAGCCCAACAACUCUAUCGCAUUAGAAGUGAUACCUUACAUGAACACGUUGUGGCUAACAUAUCGGUUAAAUGUUAUUCUUCUGGAAACGCUGAUUGCUCACCGUGCUGUAGAAAGUUCUCAACUAAAGUACAUGUGUAAUGUAAUUCACCUGAGGCAGUAGUUUAAUCUUCGUGGGUUUUUUUGGUUUCAUCCUCAUUUUAGCUCGUGUGCAGUCCAUCUGUCUGCAAUUGAGAAAGACAUCCGGAUUGUGUUAGGUAAAAGAGUAGCCCAACGAAACGAAGAAGGGGGAGGAGAUUCUGUACGGUAAACAUGUCGGGUAAUGACUCAAUUGGGUAAAUUGAGUUACGUAGUUAGCAAAAGAACGGUUGGAUUUCUAGUCAUGAUUUGUUUACCUGACCAAACUAGCUAACGCUCAACUAGUUUGUGAAUGUGCAAACAAGUCCUAAACUUUUCAAUGGCCCAUCAAUUAACUUUCAGGUAUUCGAUAUGGUAACUGGAGAAAAUGAAAUGCUUGGGAUUGUUUAUACUUUUUACUAGAGUUCAUUCAACCGAAAUCUAAUGGUAUACGUUAACGAGUGUGUUAUUACUGCUGUUAGCAAUGUUAACUGUUUUGAAGCUCUUUUAUUGUUCUACGAACUCGGUGUAAUACAGUGUGAAUUCUAGUACAUUUAGAUAAAUUUUUCUACACGCACGUGUAACCCGUUCCUGACGUAAGUAGCAUGCGAAAAUAUUUGCCAAAGAUCCUGAAUAGCAGUACAAGAAAGCAUGUCACUUACCUCUGUUCUACAUUUGCUACCUCGUUUUCCCAACACGGCGUGUGUUUGUCCGAACGGACAUUUCUUUCGUGAAAACUCUUAACAUGUGCUAUUAUUCAGCAAUUGUGAGCAGAGUUAUUCUAAUAAAGUCCUUACUAAGUUGAUUAUUUCAACAUAUGGGUGCAGGGCGUGUCUAGCAGGUGGAUGAGUUACAAGAGAAAAGGCUUUUCUCUCGCUCGUAGAGAAAUUCAAAUGGGCCAGAUUAGAAUUAGCAAGAAGAAAAAAAAAACCCGAGUCAACAAAAAAGCGAUAGAAAUUAAGAAUGCAAUGAAGCAAAUAGAAUGAGGAAGGUGUUACGUUUGUGGUCACUAAAGGCUUUGUCUAAAUGAGGAUUGAACAGGUGUGGAAUUUUUUUUUUUGCGUUCUUCUAAUUCCGAUCGUACGUUACCGAACUUGUUUGCGUUGGCAUUUACGAUGUUUUAGUUUCUCUUAUUUUCUCCUACGUGUGUGGCAUUGCCGAAUUUCUGAGUAUAUAAGAAUGGCCGUCUGCGUUCCAGAAGUCACAUCACUUCCAGCAACAGCAAGAACAAGUUAAAACAAACAUGGCAACUAGUCGAUCCUUCCUGGUGAUUUGCCUUUUAUUGGCAACUGCCCUAGCAAAUCUCGAUCGAGUAAAGAGAUCCCCGGAUGGACAUCACGACCACCAUCAUAAUCAUGGACAAGGUGGUGGAGCACCUAUUCCUAGUCCAGGUGCUUCGGCUUUUGGUGGGCAAGCAGCGACUCACGAUAUACAACCACAUCAGUUUUUUGACCAAAUGCCUAAUUUUGCCCAAAUGAUGGCCUCAUCGUUUGAUGUCCAGCCUUCUGCACCUUCUUUUGGUGCCCAGCAAACUGCUCCGUCUUUCGAUGCACCACAAAGUUCGCAAGGGUAUGGAGGUCAAGCGGCACAUUCUUUCGACCCUCAAGCUCAGGCGUUCGCCCCACCGGCUGGUCAGCCUCAACAACAUCAGGCAGCGUCUUCUUUCAAUCCUCCUACUCCCGUGUACAAUCCUCAACCUCCUGCCUCAGCGUUCAACGCUGAGCCUUCUACUCCAGCAUUUAACCCUCAACCUCCCGCUCCAGCAUUCAAUCAACAGCCUCAAUCCCCAACAUUUAACUCUCAACCCCCCGCUCCAGCAUUCAAUCAACAGCCUCCAGCUCCAGCAUUCAACUCUCAGCCUCCUACCCCAUCGUUCAACCCUGAAUCUCCUGCCCCAGCAUUCAACCCUCAACUUCCUACCCCAUCAUACAAUCCACAGUCUUCUGCUUCAGCAUUUAAUCAGCAGGCUCCUACCCCAGCAUUUAAUCAGCAACCUGCUCCUUCAGCGUACAAUCAGCAGGCUCCUACCCCAGCAUUUAACCAGCAACCUGCUCCUCCAGCGUACAAUCAGCAGGCUCCUACCCCAGCAUUUAAUCAGCAACCUGCUCCUUCAGCCUACAAUCAGCAGCCUGUUCCCCCAGCGUACAAUCAGGAACCUCCUACCCCAGCAUUCAAUUCUCAACCUCCUGCUCCAUCAUACAAUUCACAACCUCCUACCCCAUCAUACAAUUCACAACCUCCUACCCCAGCAUACAAUUCACAACCUCCUACCCCAGCAUACAAUCCACAGCCUGCUGCUCCAGCCUUUAACGCACAGCCUAGCGCCCCAGAAAACAACUAUAAUCCUCAACCUCAAUCUCAAUCCAUCUCCCCGCCUGCCCCGCAAUCCUACCAAGCCCAACCAUCCUCUUUCGGUCCUCCUGCUCCCCAAUAUAGUCCUCCUUCUCCUCAGUACAACCCACCAGCACCUUCUUAUUCACCUUCCGUUCAAUCGUACGAAACCCCGCAAGAAUCGUACGAAAACCCACAACAAUCUUACGGAGCCCCAAAAGCCAAGAAGCCCAAGGGCCAUUACGGCGUUCCAAAAGCCCCUAAAGCGCCUAAGAUUAAGAAGCCUCAUUUCGGUUACGGAGUUCCUAAGGCCAGCAAGAAACCCAAGUCCAGUUACGGAGCUCCUCCACAAUCCUAUGAAUCUUCAGCUCCAUCCUACCAAGCCCAGCCUCCAUCCUACCAAGCCCAGCCUCCAUCCUACCAAGCCCAGCCUCCAUCCUAUGAAUCUCCAUCUCCUUCCUACCAGUCCCAGUCCCAGCCUCCAUCUCCUUCCUACCAGUCCCAGCCUCAGCCUCCAUCUCCUUCCUACCAGUCCCAGCCUCCAUCUUAUCAAGCCUCAUCCUAUUCUGCUCCGACUUCCGGCUACGCUCAACAAGCUCCUCAGCAAUCAGCUUACCCACAACAAGCUCCUCAGCAAUCAGCUUACCCACCUCAAUCCCGAGUCCAACAACAGGGUUAUGGUCGCUAAACGUUAUGUGAGUUCGCUGGUUGAUCUACACAUUCAUAAUCGUUAUGAAAGCUUUGCAAUUUUUGCAUCUUGUUGUCUUUCUUCACUCAUGUAGUCCUCUUUUCUCAAGCAAUUUAGUUAUUGUUACAAUACAAGUGUUAUUCUCGCUUA